CGCCAGCCUCGUCCACCUGCCCUCCACCAUCGCCCGCCCACCCCACAGUCUCACUUUGCGCGCCGACAUCCGGGUGCUGCGUCUGCCGCUGUGAACGGCUGCCAGAAGCGCACCGCUUCCGCCCCACGCCGGCUCAGACGCCGCUGCUCGCGCUGCGCGCCGCUCUUCGUCCUCGGCCGCAGCACGCCCGCAGCGGGCUCCCGUCGCCAUGCCGUCCUCCUCGAAGCGCAGCGCCACGGCGGGCAGCUCGCGCUCCGGCAGCGGCAUGAACGCCGACGAGAAGGUUGUGUGGCAGGCAGCCAUGAGCCGGCCGAACAAUACGCUCACGGACCUCAAGGACAUUGAGCUGGACAUCGACCGCCAGCUCGCCGCCAUCAAUGGGCUGCUGCGCAAGAGCCUCUUCACCGCGAGCAAGGUUGGGGGCGCGAUGCACUACACGGCCGUGAGCAAGGGCGAAGCCAGUGUAAUGGGCUCCAUGGAAGGCGACGAGGGCAUCAUCUACUCGCUCAUCAAGGACUCGGGCACCGAGGGCAUUUGGACGAAGCAGCUCAAGACGCGCUCGAAUCUGCACCAGUCGGUCAUGACGCGCUGUCUCAAGAACCUCGAGCAGAAGCAGCUCGUCAAGGUGGUCAAGAGCGUCAAGUUUCCGACACGCAAGAUCUAUAUGCUCUACGGCCUGACACCCAGCGUCGAGCUCAGCGGCGGGCCGUGGUACACAGACAACGAGCUCGACACGGCGUUCAUCGAGCAGCUGUGCCUCAUGCUGUACCGCCACAUUGCCAACGAGACAUGGCCGUCGAGCGACGCGCAGGGCAACUCGCUCGGCCCGCUCUACCCGGCCUCGCACACGGCGAAGCUGCCUACUGCUCCCGCAUGCCUGCGCUGGCUCAAGGCACGCAAGGUCACCGACAUCCCGCUCGGCGUCGAGGACGUGCAGUCGCUGCUCGACGUGCUCGUCUUCGACGAGAAGAUCGAGAAGAUCCCGUGCAUGCCUGGCGGCGGCGACGGCGGAGGUGGGAAAAAGGUGUACGACGCCGACUACCGGCCCGGCAGCGUCGACGGCAUGGAGACGCAGAGCUCGAGCAGCUCGUCGUCGGGCAGCGACAGCGGCUCGGAGAGCGGCAGCGACAGCGGGAGUGACAACGGAAGCGAAUCUGGUAGCGACAGCGGCCGCAGCAGCGGAAGCGCCAGCUCAGCGUCCGGCUCCGAGAGUGGCAGCGGCAGCGACGCGAGUAGCAGAUCGGACUCGCGCAAGCGCAAGCGCAAGAGCAGCUCGAAGUCGUCGCGCAAGCGCUCAAAGUCCUCCAGCUCCAGCAAGAAGCGGCACAAGAGCAGCAGCCGCAAGUCGUCGCACUCGUCGCGCAAGCACCACUCCAGCUCGCGCAAGCGCUCGCGCUCCCGCUCGUCGUCCAAGCGCCACGGCAGCAAGAAGAAGCACCGCCACAAGUCCUCGUCGCGGGGGCGCGCCGUCAAGAACGCGGCACUGGGCGCCGUCGACGGCGACGACGACGACGUCGAGGAGAUGUCGACGGCCGCAGCCGGCAUGUACGUGUACCGCGCCCUCAAGCCGCUCGCCGUGCACGUGGGCUGGAGCGAGACGCCGUGCGGCGCGUGCCCCGUCUUCGACUUCUGCGAGCCGGGCGGCCCGGUCAACGCCGAGGGCUGCGCGUACAUGGCGCAGUGGCUCGAGGUGCAGCACGCCGGCGACGAGCCGGAGCCGGACAGCGAGAGCGACAACGAAGACGCAGCAGGCAGCGGCGCAGAGGCGGGUACGAAAAGCCGCAAGUAGCAGCGCGCUGCUGCACCGCUAAUAGCAUACCACUCACGAGGCCGCGGGCAGGUGUGCAGAGGGCUCCCAGCAUCUCGACUGCAGUCUUGACGCGUCUUGGUCAAGCAAGCUUCUUCGACUGAGAGGUAAUAUGGCUUGGGUAGAAGUACAGGAUGCAAGUAUACAGGGAGAGUGUGAGAAGAGGAAGGCCGAGGGAAAGCACAGAGGCGGAGGGCGGCACGUCACACUGGCUCGUAGCCCGCCCGCGAGUUGCCGGACACGGUGCGGACCAGAUGGCGCCCGAACUCGCGGAACUGGGC